UCCGCCACGAUCUCUGAUGAUGAGCGCGCCCAAGAGCGCCAGGAGAACAGUGGAUCCACUUCCUCGACCGCUUAUGACCCGGACAGCUACAGCAGCUCCAUGAUGACUCUUUUCGACGAAGUCAUCCGACAGGACUCGAUCGCCCAACUCAAGGAGACGACGCGGUACACGUCACCCGUGGUCCGGGCAAUCUCCCCACCCCCGCUGUCCCCCAAGGGCAGCUAUAUGCCGUUUGCCCCCGAAGAUUUGACCCGUGCGUUGAAUGCCGUGCAAAUCUGUGGUUAA